AGCCGGAGCCGGAGCCGGAGAAGAGACCCCAGAUAACUGCUGCUACCACUAGCUGAGCUGCCGCCAUGGCGGACCCCUGCAAGUUCCGGCCGUCGAGCUCGUUCGACACGAAGACGACGACGACGAACGCCGGCGCGCCGGUGUGGAACGACAACGAGGCGCUGACGGUGGGGGCGAGGGGGCCGAUCCUGCUGGAGGACUACCACCUCAUCGAGAAGGUGGCGCACUUCGCCCGCGAGCGCAUCCCGGAGCGCGUCGUCCACGCCCGCGGCGCCUCCGCCAAGGGCUUCUUCGAGUGCACCCACGACGUCGCCGACCUCACCUGCGCCGACUUCCUCCGCGCGCCGGGCGUCCAGACGCCGGUGAUCGUCCGCUUCUCCACCGUGAUCCACGAGCGCGGGUCGCCGGAGACCAUCCGCGACCCGCGCGGGUUCGCCGUGAAGUUCUACACCCGGGAGGGGAACUGGGACCUGCUGGGCAACAACUUCCCGGUGUUCUUCAUCCGCGACGGCAUCAAGUUCCCCGACGUGAUCCACGCCUUCAAGCCCAACCCGCGCUCCCAUGUCCAGGAGUACUGGCGGGUGUUCGACUUCCUCUCGCACCACCCGGAGUCGCUCCACACCUUCUUCUUCCUCUUCGACGACGUCGGCAUCCCGACGGACUACCGCCACAUGGACGGCUUCGGCGUCAACACCUACACCUUCGUCACCCGCGACGGCAAGGCCCGGUACGUGAAGUUCCACUGGAAGCCGACGUGCGGCGUGAGCUGCCUCAUGGACGACGAGGCGACGCUCGUCGGCGGCAAGAACCACAGCCACGCGACGCAGGACCUGUACGACUCCAUCGCCGCCGGGAACUUCCCGGAGUGGAAGCUGUUCGUCCAGGUGAUCGACCCGGAGGAGGAGGAGCGGUUCGACUUCGACCCGCUGGACGACACCAAGACAUGGCCGGAGGAGGAGGUGCCGCUCCGCCCCGUGGGGCGGCUGGUGCUGAACCGCAACGUGGACAACUUCUUCAACGAGAACGAGCAGCUGGCGUUCGGGCCGGGGCUGGUGGUGCCGGGGAUCUACUACUCCGACGACAAGAUGCUGCAGUGCAGGGUGUUCGCCUACGCCGACACGCAGCGCUACCGGCUGGGCCCCAACUACCUGAUGCUGCCGGUGAACGCGCCCAAGUGCGCGCACCACAACAACCACUACGACGGCGCCAUGAACUUCAUGCACCGCGACGAGGAGGUCGACUACUACCCGUCGCGCCACGCGCCGCUCCGCCACGCGCCGCCCACGCCCGUGCCGCCGCGCCCCGUCGUGGGGCGCCGCCAGAAGGCCACCAUACACAAGCAGAACGACUUCAAGCAGCCCGGCGAGAGGUACAGGUCGUGGGCGCCCGACCGGCAGGACAGGUUCGUCCGCCGCUUCGCCGACCACCUCGCCCACCCCAAGGUCUCGCCGGACCUCCGCGCCAUCUGGGUCUCCUACCUCUCCCAGUGUGAUGAGUCAUUGGGGAUGAAGGUUGCGAAUAGGCUCAACGUGAAGCCAAGCAUGUGAAGAAGGCGGCAUAAGUAACAUGCAUGCAUCUCCUGUUGGUUGGAAUAGUCCACCGAAUAAGGCCACUAGACGUGCUGUUGUGCGUGCGUGGGCCAUCUUUUGUAUGCAUCUUGUUAAUGAGUGAUCAUCAGCAGGGCUUCAAAUUUCUGUAGUCUGUAAUCCGGUAAUAAGAAGAUAAAAAAGCAGAGCCUGCAUAUAUAUGUGUAACUUUAAUGUACUGCUGUAAUGCCACUACAUGUUGUAACACUCCAUCAAAUUAAGAGUCUAUUAUGACUUUAGUAUUUAUGAUGAUGAAUCAUCAAUAAUAUCACACUAUUCACUAA